AUGAGUGCCCACGCCAUCCCCGCUCCCACCGCGGACAACACUAGGCCUGCCGUCGACAAGGUCGUGCAGGACAUCGCCGACUAUGUUCACGACUACGAGAUCAAGUCCGAUUUGGCUUGGGAGACCGCCCGUCUGUGUUUGAUCGAUACCCUUGGGUGCGGACUGGAGGCAUUGAACUUUGAGCAGUGCACCAAGCUUUUAGGCCCGGUUGUUGAGGGAACCGUCGUCCCCAACGGCACCAAAGUCCCCGGCACCCCCUACCAGCUAGACCCGAUCCGAGGCGCCUUCAACAUCGGCACGGCUAUCCGCUGGCUAGACUACAACGACUGCUGGCUGGCGGCCGAGUGGGGCCACCCCAGCGACAACCUUGGCGGCAUCCUCGCAGUCGCGGACUGGCUUGCCCGCACCAACAAGGCCAACGGCGGGCCGGUCCCGACCAUCAAGGACGUUCUCGAGGCGAUGAUCAAGGCGCACGAGAUCCAGGGCGGCCUCGCGCUUGAGAACUCGUUCAACCGCGUCGGCCUCGACCACGUCGUCCUCGUCAAGGUCGCUACCACCGCCGUGGUGUCCAAGCUCCUCGGCCUGACCAAGGAGCAGACGAUUGAUGCCGUGUCCCAGGCGUGGGUCGACGGCCAGUCCUUGCGGACCUACCGUCACGCACCCAACACCAUGUCCCGCAAGUCGUGGGCGGCCGGCGAUGCCUGCUCCCGUGCGGUCAACCUGGCACUCAUGGUCAAGAACGGCGGUGUGCAGGGGAUCCCGUCGGUGCUCACCGCCAAGAUCUGGGGCUUCUACGACGUACUUUUCAACGGCAACGAGUUCAAGUUCCAGCGGCCAUACGGCAGCUACGUGAUGGAGAACGUUCUGUUCAAGAUCUCGUUCCCGGCCGAGUUCCACAGCCAGACGGCGUGCGAAGCCGCCAUGACGCUGCACGGCCAGCUCAAGAAGCUUGGCAAGUCCUCAGACGACAUCGCAUCGAUCCGCAUCCGCACGCAGGAGGCCGCCGUCCGCAUCAUCGACAAGAAGGGCCCGCUCAACAACUACGCCGACCGCGACCACUGCAUCCAGUACAUGGUCGCCGUCCCGCUGAUUUACGGCCGCCUCACCGCCACCGACUACAACGACGACAUCGCGGCGGACCCGCGCAUCGACGAGCUCCGCGCAAAGAUGGAGUGCGUCGAGGAUAAGACUUACUCCCUCGAGUACCACAACCCCGAUAAGCGCUCCAUCGGAAACGCCCUCCUUGUCACCCUUAAGGACGGCACCGAGCUGCCAGAGGUCGCCGUCGAGUACCCCGUCGGCCACAAGUUCCGCCGCGCGGAGGGAAUCCCCCUGCUCGUGGAGAAGUUCAAGCGUCACGUCGCUGGAAGACUCGGGCAGCAGCAGACGGAUAGAAUUUACGCCGCCAGCGAGAACCUGGAGGCGCUGCAGAAGAUGAGUGUCGAUGAGUACGUCGACAUGUACGUUACCAAGGCGUAG